GGCUGGCGCCACUGCUCCCAUAGAUCCCGGGAGUGCCUGCCUGCCUGGGCCACCCUGCUCAGGGGUUUCCGCCAGCCCAGGCGGCGCCUCGGUGGCGUGUGGGCGUUGCUGGCACGCUGACAGGCAACCUCUGGCUGCCCUGCCCUGCCACAGCUGUGACCCCAGGCUUCCAGGCCUGCUGGAGUGGGUGGAAGGAGGUGCUCCGUCCCAGCCUCUAACCCUGGGGCCGCCACAGGUGGGGGCUGUGGUGAGGAGAUUGCAGUCUCUGCCAGGCCAGGAAGGGGCCUGGUCCUUGCUGACCUGUGUUCUGGCAGGUAGACGGUGGGCAGGGCUCCCAGCCUGUCUUUGGAAAGCCAGUAGGGUACUUCCAUGAGGUUCUGAGAUGGGGCAUUCGAACUGGCCAGGAUGGACCUGCCUCUUACCCUUGGGGCUUCUCCAUGGGGAUGGGGGACAGGAGUUAGCGCCAUCUGGAUGGAGGAGGCGGGUCGAGGCCAGCCUAGCUCCGCCCUGUGCCAGGGCCAAGGCCUCAUAUACCAGCCGGGCUCUGAUGUCAGAACUGCUCACCCCAGUCGGGUCAGCGUAGUCCUGCUGUGUGACCACAACAGGCUCCCAGCCCUGAAGGCUGAGACCCUAGAGGGACCAGAAGCCCCGAGGCUUGGCACCACCUCAUCAGCAAACCAGGUGAGUUGGGUAGGGUCAGGCCAGGGGACCUUCUGUUAGCAGUCAGGGAAGGCCAGGGGACUGAGAGCUGGACCACGCUCCCAGAGAGUGUGGGGGAGAAUUCACAACCCAGACAGGGUGGGCGCCUGCUUUUGCUGGCGGCUCUGACCCCAGGUGCCAGCUCCCUGGCUGCCUCCCUCCCACUCCUAGUCCACUUGUCUGGGCUAUGGGCAGGGCCAUGACCCUGCGGGCCCUGCUCUGGGCACUGGGGGCUGUCCAAGCCACAGCUCUGCGCAUCGGGGCCUUCAACAUCCAGAGUUUCGGGGACAGCAAAGUGACUGACCCGGCCUGCGGCAGCGUCAUUGCACAGAUCCUGGCUGGGUACGAUGUGGUGUUGGUGCAGGAGGUACGAGACCCGGACUUGAGUGCCGUGUCUGUGCUCAUGGAGCAGAUUAGCAGCGUGUCCAAGCAUGAGUAUGACUUCGUGAGCAGCAAGCCCCUGGGUCGGGACCAGUACAAGGAGAUGUACCUGUUUGUCUACAGGAAGGGCGCAGUGUCUGUAGUGGACACGUACCAGUACCCAGACCCAGAGGAUGCCUUCAGCCGGGAACCCUUUGUGGUCAAGUUCUCUGCACCCCGCUCUGCUGCCCGGGAGUUGGUACUGAUCCCACUGCACGCUGCACCACACCAGGCCGUGGCCGAGAUCGACGCGCUGUACGACGUGUAUCUAGAUGUGAUUGACAAGUGGGGCACUGACGACAUGCUGUUCCUGGGCGACUUCAACGCUGACUGCAGCUACGUGCGGGCACAGGACUGGGCCUCCAUCCGGCUGCGCAGCAGUGAGGUCUUCAAGUGGCUCAUCCCAGACAGCGCUGACACCACCGUGGGCAACUCAGACUGCGCCUACGACCGCAUUGUGGUGUGUGGUGCGCGCCUGCGCAGGAGCAUCAAGCCCCAGUCAGCCGCUGUGCACGACUUCCAGGAGGAGUUCGGCCUGGACCAGACUCAGGCUCUGGCCGUCAGUGACCACUUUCCUGUGGAGGUGACCCUCAAGUUCCACUGAGAGCUCUAGGCCGGGCCAGGGCAUGCCCCCUGCAGACUCUGGCCACGGGGGCAAGGGCAGUUGUGUGUGGAAGGCUACGGGACCGUGAGGAUCUCUGGGCUCCUCAUUCACGGGCACCUGCCUCCCAAGGUUGCUGG